UCAGCAUCGCAUCUUCUCAUUCAAACGAGCAAACAAUGGCAAAAUCUUUGAGCCUAACCCUAGUUCUCUUCCUCGUUGUCUCCAAUGUCCUGACCAUCGUCCACUCGGCCAGGCUCCUCGACCAGGUUGAAGCUCAGCCUCAGGUCCUCCCUCAACAGCCCAGCGGCCAGACCCCGGCCAUUGCCCCUCCCGAACCCGGGCCGGCAGACCAAGAAGGAGACGACGAUUCUGAUGAUAACCCACAAGCUGCAGCUGCAAACCCAACGGCUGCAGCAGCUGCGAAACCGCUCCCUACACCAACCACCACCACUGGUCCAGUCGGGGCGGCUGCUGCUGCAGUGGGCGGCAGUGGCCACGAGCCUGACCUGGCCUUCUUCAUGCACGACGUCUUGGGAGGGUCACACCCUUCGGCUCGUGUGGUCACGGGCAUUGUGGCUCAGACCGAGGUGAACGGCAUACCGUUCUCAAAGGCCAACAACAACAUCUUCCCGGUGGACAACGCCAUCCCACUUGUGAACCUAAACAACAUCAACAAGAUCAUCAACCCCAACACUGCGCCUCUCCUCACCGGCCUCACUGGUGCACAGGCAAGCACCAUCAUUCAGUCCACCAAUGGGAACUCUAACAACGCCCUCAACUCAAACAACCUCCCCUUCGUCACCGCUGGCCAGCUUCCUCCAGCCGCCGCUCUCCAGCAGCUCAUGUUCGGUACGAUCACAGUCGUGGACGAUGAGCUCACAGAGAGUCACGAGCUCGGGUCUGCAGUCAUCGGUAGGGCUCAAGGGUUUUACCUGGCGAGCUCGUUAGACGGAACGAGUCAGACCCUUGCUUUGACCGUGUUGUUGCACGGAGGAGAGCACGGGAAUCACGACACGGUGGACGACGCCAUUAGCUUCUUCGGGGUUCACAGGUCAGCUUCCACUGCUUCCCAGAUCGCCGUGGUGGGUGGAACUGGGAGGUACGAGCACGCCAAAGGGUACGCCGUCGUCGAGACUCUGCAUAACCAGGACAACCAGCACAUCACCGAUGGCAUCGACACGAUCCUGCAUUUCAGCGUUUACCUCACCUACAAAGCUUAAGGGUAUUUGAUUGUAUGAAAGGUCUCUUCAUGUCCCGUGUUCUUUUUCUUGCUUGCUAGCUUCCUCUGUGUGCUCUCUGUUAUGUGAAAGUAUCACGUACAAAAAAAAAACAUAUGUAUCUCCUUAUGAUUCAAAUCUUGUUUCUAUUGCUAUCUCACAUAACGAUGAAUGUCUGAAUUUUUUAUGAAUGA